UUGUUGUGUUUUUGGAAUUAUUUCCGGGGUUGACUUCUCAAAUACAUCAUGAAGAAGCAUUCGAGCUAACCUAUCACUUUAAAUAUAAGUUCACAUGUUUCCAGUGAGCUUAAGCUGUGUUUGUUAGAGACAAAGUCGUCCUACUCUGCAAUGACCUAAGGAAGCGAGGGCUUUGUCGUAUUGGUGGAACUUAACGGAAGAUGAUAGAACCGGAGGUACUGACUGAGGUUCCUGCAGCACUUAAGCGGCUAGCCAAGCAGGUCGUACGGGGCUUCUAUGGAGUGGACCAUGCCUUGGCCCUGGAUGUGCUCAUUCGCAACCCAUGUGUGCGCGAGGAGGACAUGCUGGAGCUGCUCAAGUUUGAUCGCAAACAACUGCGCUCAGUACUCAACACCCUGAAGGCAGACAAGUUUGUAAAGUGUCGCAUGAGAGUGGAAACGGCCCUUGAUGGCAAGACAACUCGGCACAACUAUUACUUCAUUAACUACAGGGUCUUGGUCAACGUGGUGAAGUAUAAAUUGGAUCAUAUGCGACGGCGCAUUGAGACAGAUGAGCGAGACUCCACCAACCGCGCCUCCUUCCGGUGCCCCUGCUGCUUCUCCACCUUCACGGAUUUAGAGGCCAAUCAGCUGUUUGACCCAAUGACAGGUACAUUUCGUUGCACCUUCUGCCAGACGGAGGUCGAGGAAGACGCGUCUGUCUGUCCUGACGGCAGGACACUAGUGGCACGCUUCAAUGAGCAGAUCGAACCCAUCUAUGCGCUGCUACGCGAGACCGAAGAUGUUAACCUGUCUCAGGAGCUGCUGGAGCCCGAGCCUUCUGAGAUUCCUGCCCUCAAACAGAGCCGUGAUCGUGCCGCAGCAGCCGGAGCAAACUUAGGCCCACACCGCGAAGCCUGGUCUAACAAAGGCUCAUCUUACGGGGACAUGUACACCCAGAAUGUGGUUAUCAGCAUGGAGGAGCAGGAGGAGCAGCUGAAGCAGGCCAAGGAGGGCAAGGCACCAAAGGAGAGGCCCGUCUGGUUGACCCAGAGCACCGUGCAGGGUGCUUACAGCGAGCCUGACGUCAUCAAGAACAGUGAAGACGUCGUGCCCGUGGCCCAGGACGGAGCAGCGGGUCUUGGAAUUGGUCAGGCGGAUGAAAACGAGGAAGUGAUGCGCGCCCUGCUCAUCCAUGAGAAGAGGGGCGCGGCGGCAGUGGCGGGAAAAGGUGCAGGUGGAGCAAGCACUGCUUCCAGGCCCUCUAAGACGGCUAAUAACAGCGACUCUGACAGCGACACCAGCGAAUCAGAUGACGACUCUCCCUCAGUUCCUCCCCCCGCCACAGCUGCUCAGCAUCGGGUCGCGCAGGAGGAAGAGGACGAUGAUGAGUUUGAGGAGGUUGGGGAUGAGCCAAUGGUGAUGGUCGGAGGCAGGCAGUUCUCAUACCGAGAGGUCAGCCAGAAGCCAGAGCUAGUGGAGCAAAUGUCUGCGCAGGAGAAGGAGGCCUACAUUGAAAUGGGACAAAACCUCUUCCAGGACAUGUACUUCUGAACACGCACUCUCAUAUAUACACACAUGCAUUUACACACUCAUUAUCAACAAUUUGAUGGCUAUGAGUUCCCCAAAGUUACUUCUGCUGUCUCACAUUGUUGGUGAUGGCAUCUGAGAAAAUGUUUAUGGACACAACUUCUUAAGCAAAAAAAACAGAUGCCGCUCAAGAAGUAUUAACAUUCGGCUUUUCCUGCUCUUGCAUUAUAAGAACCAAGGACGCUCUCUGACUUUGCCUAGGUGAUCACGCCUUUAGUAUUCUAGCCUCAGUAUUUUUUUAUUAUGUCAUCAGCCCAGAAAUGAGUUGGCCAGCAGUCUUUGCACUGAGUGUCAAUUUGUUUUUUUGUUAAUCUGAAAUGAAAAUAAAACGGACUAACAGGC